UGAAGUAGUACUGCUUCAAUAUAGACUUCCCCCCCUUCACAAGUUAUUCUCUUUUCAUCUACGUUCUCUCUCUGUUUACAUUCCCUCUCCUCUGCCUCCACUCUCACCCAAAUUGAGAGAGAGAGAGAGAGAGAGAGAGAGAGAUGGAAUCGGAAGAGGGGAUAAUUGGUUCACUUCUGUUGAUUUUAAUUCUGGUUUCAUCAGGGCCAAAACGAUCCGAAUCCGCAAGGAUUUUCACUCUCAUAAACGACUGCAAGGAGACAAUAUGGCCCGGAAUCACGCCAGGAGAGAACUUCAAUGGUGGCGGCAUUGAACUAAAACCAGCCCAAUCCAUCGUCUUCACAGCUCCGGUGGGCUGGGUGGGCCGGAUAUGGGGCCGAACGGGCUGCAACUUCGACAAGAACGGCAACGGCACGUGCCAGACGGGCAGCUGCGGCUCCUCCCUCAAGUGCACGGCCUCCGGCAAGCCCCCGGCCUCCCUCGCCGAGUUCACCCUUGCCGCCGUCGACUACUACGACGUCAGCCUCGUCGACGGCUUCAACAUUCCCUUGGUCGUCACGCCGAUCAACAGCAGGGGGAACUGCAGCAUCGCCGGUUGCGACCGGGACCUGAGGACGACUUGCCCUUCGGAGAUCGCGGUUAAGUCCGGCGGGAAGACGGUGGCGUGCCGGAGCGCGUGCGACGUGUUCAACACCGACGAGUACUGCUGCAGGGGCGUUUUUGGUAAUCCGAUCACUUGCCACGAUACCUAUUACUCGAGAAUAUUCAAGGCAGCCUGCCCGACGGCGUAUAGUUAUGCGUACGAUGAUCCUACUAGCAUUUUCACAUGCUCCGGGACGGAUUACGUUGUCACAUUUUGCUCGGCAAGGAACCAAACUGUGUGCACAUAUCACAACAACAAGCUCUAUUGCAAUCAAUCCAACAACUCAGAAAUGUUGGUUGGGUUAUGGUGGCCGUUGAUGCUUGCAUUGCCUGUCAUGAUUAACUUGUGGAGAUGAUCUCUUAGAUAAAUUCAUGAAUUCAUAUGUUUGCUUUUUUUUUUAAAUAAAAAAAAAUUAGUUUUUUUUUUUUAAUUUUUGGUUGGUUUGGGUGGAGGAGCCCACAAUAUGCAACUUGUAAACAACAUUUCCUUCUCCUCAAAACAUUGGUUCUUAAAUUGAAUGUAUAUUAUAAGAAUCUCACUAUUUCUUUUUGGCUUC